GAAUCAUUAUUUUAAUCAGUGUAGUGAAAUUGAAAUAAUCGAAUAAUGAGUUUCGAGGAAGAAGAUUGUGAAAUAUUUUUGAAACCCUCGACCGAGUUGAUUCCCGACGAAUAUGAACACGAUGAUCAGGAAAGUGCAUCUGUGCAUGUCUUCAUAUUUAAGGAAAAUAUGGAAAGAAAAUUCGUCGAUUGUAUGAGAUCUUUAGGAUACAUCGUCCCAGAGAAGAAUAUUCAUCCAUUGUCUUCUAGAAUGGAUGUUAUUGCAACAUUACAAAGAAUUGGCAAUGAGGCUAAUGGUAAAUCUUGUCUCAUCGUGCUCUUCUGGGGCUUACUACGGGACGACAAAAAAUUCUUACUGAGAGAUGGAUCUUCGGUGAAAUUGAUAGAGAUUUGGAGUAAAUUUGUUCCAUCCAACUGCCCAUUUCUCAAGGACAAAGCGAAAAUUUUUAUUUUCAAUGGACUGCCUCUGAAAACCCUAUAUGAUUACGGUGUGAAACACAUAGAAAACACAGAAGAAGAUGCCUUACCCAUCAGUAGGAAAUAUAGUGGCAUAUUUUCUUAUAAUAUACCUGCUGAGGCUGAUAUGCUAAUUGUCUUCAAACAUAACGAUGAUCUGAAAACUUCAGUGGAAUAUAUGGAUUCACUCUGUAGUAAUUUUCAAAAUUACGCACAACGUGAAGACAUUUCCUCGCUUCUAACAAUAGCCCAUUUUUCAAGUCAGCCGACAUUAAUCUCCACAAUGACUAGGAAAUUUUAUCUGAAACCGAACGCACACCGUGGCAUACAGCUUUCUCUGAGAGAGAAGUACUCGAAAAUUGAGGAGGCCAUCCAGAAAGUCAAAGAAAAUAUUAUCUAUCUCACGAAGGCUAAAAAAGAUUUGCCCGAAAAUACCGAAGAAAAUACGAAGGUGCCAGAGCCAGUGGCUGAGUUGAAAAGAUCGUCGUCGAUUGAGGGAAAUUUGCAGAGGAGAAUACCUAAACAAGAUGCACUGACAAAGUUUCGUUCGAGAUCGAAUACGACAUCCCGUUUGAACGAUAUUGAUAAAUAUAUUCACAAGAGGAGAGGAUCUGCAGAUCAUAAGCCUGCUUGGAGGUAUUAGAUUGUAGCAGUAACGGCAAAUUGGGAUGUGUGACCAAACUUUAUUUUAUCUAAUUAUCGAACAUAAAUAAUAAGUAACACAUUAUACAAUAUAUUGAUACAACCCGCAAA